AUGAAGAACACUAAUAACCUCCGCGUUCUAGGAAGCGAUCCGUUUAAGGAUAUUACAGCGAAAGCACGGGUGAGGCAGCUGCUGCAGACGCACCAAGGUAGAGACAAACUCUUUAAGGUCGUUCAAUACUUUCUCCGAAUCAAGCUUUGGAGGGACUCAGUGGCUUACAGCACAAGCUAUCUGCCCGGGGGACACUACACUGCAGUUGAGCGGAAUUUGAUGACGAUUAUGAACACUCGCAGACUUUUCCGAGUAGGGCGCUUUGUCGGAGAACUUGUGAGGAUGAGGGUGACGUUGAUCAAGUGCUCGGAGCUCGUGUAUAUACCUGCUCGUGGGGGGCAAUGGGUUGGUUUUUUUAUUCAGUGUCAAAUGAUCUGUGACUUGAUUGCUCGGCUUCUGAUGUGUGUGAAGUCAUUGUGCGAGGAUGUUGCUUUUCUUGCGCAGAAAGGGUUCUUGCACAGUAACGUAGCUGAGCAGCUUUUCAACAUUGCUUUCCGCUGUUCGCAUCCUGUUUUGUUAGUUGAUCUUUUUCUCAAUACACUCCGGUUGCUACAAGGAGUAAUUGACGCCUCACAUCAACCGGAUGAAAAGGAAGUGAUAUCGGCGACAUACUCGUUUUCUCUCCUCUCCAGGUAUGAUCGUGUCGACAAACUGCGCCGAGGAAUGUGCGAAUCGAAGGGCGACGGAAAAUCAAAAGACGAUCGACAAAACUCGAAGAUUGUAAAGGCUCGCAUGGAGAAUAACGUGGUUUUAGUAGAUUCUUACGCGAAGCUACUUUGGAAGGAUUUCGAAUUGCACUGGAUUUUCGUCACUGAGCUCAAACUACUACUCGAUAUUUUCGUUGCUUUUGCGAGUAUGAAGCGCUACGAAGCGGCGCGCGGCGUCGCCAGUGUUGCUGGUCUCUUUUCUGGUAUUCUUUCUGUCUAUCGUGUUUGGACGUAUGGCCGCUAA